GUUCUCUGCUUUCUAUUACUGUCACAUUCAUUUUCAUUUCCCAACACAUGACUCAGCACUUUGAAUAGUGAAACACAGAACAAGUGAGAGUAAAACUAUACAGCCUGUCUGAGCGCAUCGUCGCGUCAUCUCUUAUUUUGGACCUUAAAAGUCAUAUUCGUUUGCAAUAAUGCUUAACUGAGCUGUGAUUUUCGGCAACAGGUCAAAACUGAUUGACACUGUAGCCUAGCCUGCUGGGGUAUUCAUUCCCUAUGGUGUCUGCUCUCCCCUAUGGUGUCUUCUAAUGGCUUCCCGAAGUUCCCAUGUUAUGUCCUGUAAAACAGAAUUCCAGCUCUGUCUCUGCCACUGUUCGGGUCAGUGAGUAACCAGCGUGGUGGAAAAUAGGAUUUUUUUUUUUUUUUUUUUCAAAGGGAACCGUGAGCUGACUAUGCCCCUCCUCUUCAUCAUAUGUGCACAGACGUCAGCGCGUAGCAUGAUCUCCGGUGCUCCGUCCGCAGGCUCUGUCUCCAACCGGUUUGAUCACCGUGAACUCAACACCGACAGAGCCAGGGCUUUAGCAUCAUAAACACUCGCCUUAUCAGCAGAUUACCAUCGGACAUGGAAGCAGCCUCCUCCAGUCAGUGCAGGUACAGCUAUGAAGAGUACAAAGAGACUGCAGACUGGUUGCUGUCGCAAACAGGGCAUCGUCCUAAAGUGGCCAUCAUCUGUGGUUCAGGCCUGGGCGGUCUGGCCGGGCUGCUAGAUGACAAGAUCAUGUUCCCAUACAGAAAUAUUCCACGUUUCCCCACCAGCACUGUGGAGGGUCAUGCAGGCCAGCUGGUGUUUGGAAAGCUGAACGGCCGUGAAUGUGUCUGCAUGCAGGGUCGAUUCCACUUCUACGAGGGCUACAAUAUUCACACGGUGACAUACCCAGUGAGAGUCUUCUUCCUGCUUGGCGUGGAAAUUCUGAUUGUGACAAAUGCUGCGGGCGGCCUCAAUGGUAGUUACAGUGUGGGAGACAUCAUGCUAAUCAAGGAUCACAUCAACAUGCCUGGCUUUGCUGGUCAGAAUCCUCUGUGUGGACACAAUGACCCAAGGUUUGGAGUGCGUUUCCCUUGCAUGUCUGAUGCGUAUGACAGAGAGCUGAGGGACCUGGCCAAGGAAACAGCGGAGGAGCAUGGCUGUGGGAGCUUCCUCCAGGAAGGCGUUUACUGCAUGCUGGCCGGACCAACGUACGAGACAAUUGCGGAGUGCAGAGCUCUGCAGAAGCUCGGGGCUGACGCUGUGGGUAUGAGCACCGUUCCUGAGGUGGUGGUGGCUCGUCACUGUGGACUGCGAGUUUUGGGUCUGUCCCUUAUCACCAACAAGGUUGUGAUAGAUUAUGACAGCAGUGAAAAAGCAAACCACGAGGAGGUGCUGAAGACAACCGAGCAUCGGGCCACGGACCUUCAGAGGCUUGUCGGUCAGCUUAUCUCUAAGCUCUAACGUCUUCCCAUCAGAGAUCUGCUCUAACAACAAAAAACACUAUAGUUUCUUAGCUUUGAUCAAAAGGUGCAAAUGGGAAAUCUUCAAAAAUACAAAUACACUUUAUGGGCCUGCAUAAUGAUUUUUAACAUUUCAAAGGUUGCAAGCAUAUAAAGAAGGGUUAUAUAUAUAUGUGUGUGUGUGUGUGUGCACAUAAUCUAUUUGCUUGCUAAUGGCACUGCUAAUCCAAGUAUGGUUUAAGAUUUAAGACACAACGUUUGUGCAAGGCUAAAAACAUUGCGAAAGAGGCCCUUUCUAUCAAAUGUUGUUACUUUAACAAGUACCAUGAUCGUCUUUUCAUGUGUACCAAGCAAGAACUGACCCACGAUUAGCUCUGGAACAAGUUUGUUCAGAAAACCAAAGAAAAGUGAAGAAAAUUAUUUUUUAAAAGUUUCAGUUUGUUGUUUUGGAAAACUUCAGUACCUACCGAGACAUUCUGAAUCAGCUUUUCACCUUAUUUUUGUCUUUAAUUUGAUGCCUGUGGAACAUAAAAUAAGUCAGAAUUGAAGGAGAGUCAGAAUUGAAAAUGCUCGUUUUGCACAACUAAAAUUAUGUUUUUUUUCACUAACAAUUACCUGAGCAUCUUUUUGUCACUUGUAAAGUCCAUGGGACCAGAUUGAAAUGAGAAUCUAUUAACUUUAAAAAAAAACAUCUUUGAUGACCUGUUUAACUUUUGCACAUUAAUGGACAUCCUCUGAAGCUUCACAUCUCAGGUUUUACUGUUACAUCUUUUAUACACCGUAUAAAAUCAUCUACAUCAAGCUACACUUGUAUAUCUGGUAUGACGGCUCUGUAACACUGAUCAUCAUGUGUGUCAUCAGAGAAACGUCUGGAAAUGGAAAUAAGAAAUUUAGGAGKAAGCUGCAUUUUGUUUUUAGGAAGUUCAUUAUUUGGUGAUGGUGAAAACAUUUCAAAUUACCAAUCAGAAACUGCGCAUGCAAGAACAACAACAGGAACACAGUAAUGUUGUCUCCACUGUCAUAGUAUUUCUGUUCUGACAUCCGUACUGCAGGACUACUGUGUCGUUCCUCCUGGGAUGCCUUAAAUGAUCAAGCAUCUAAAUUGUUUGACAUAAUUGAUGGCUAAACUUGUGUAUUAGAUUGAGUGAAUUGGUUGUAAUAAAUAUAAGACUUUAAGCACGCUUUAUAGAUCUUGUUUGCCUGUAAGGAGAGUAAAUUUACAAGUCUGGAGAUAAAUUUAGAUCAAAUUGUGUAGCCAUAGGUGGAUUUUUGCUAAAAUAGAGCUAAAGAAUCAGUGCGUUAGCACCAAAUUAGAAUAGUGAAUCCACACUACACUAGCUGCUAUUUUCAGGAGGGAUGGGUGAUUAUUUGUCAUUAAUGCACAAAAGCACUUAUUUUUGCUCUAAAUCAGUGUAAAUCGCACAGAGUAAUUUAUUGAUGAAUGCAUUUAUAAUGAAAAUAUAUAGCAAAAUAUAUAUGUUUUUUUCUUUAGAAUUGAAUUAUGAGCUGAAUCAGUUUUAGAAAGUGGAAAGGCUUCUUGAUAGUGAUCUUAUAAUAAUCUUCAAUAACUCACUGACAUGAAAAACUACACUCUCGAUCACUACAACUUACUUAUAUGGAGGUACAGCUGCAGGGCGCCAAUUUGCACACUAAGCAAAGACAACACUGUAAUAACAGGAAGGAGGGUAUAGUACCCCGACCUGCAGUUUUCAAUCUGCCCUGUACUGCCUUGGAAACACUUGCCAGCUUUCCUCGACUGUCUCAUUCAUUAGAGCUGAAAAGGGCAAAAAAAUACAGGAUCAGCACUCAACCUCUUAAACCAUUUGGAUCAGGCAGAACACCAGGAUGCUAAUGGAAAUCUUAAAGGGGAAUUACACUCAAAAGGAAACAAACAAGUUGCUCUUUUUCCAUGAUCUAUUGUCGGGGAUAAGUGUGAACACAAAUCAGAAAGGUGCUAUUUUCUGCAAAUAAAUAUGUAUGACACAUCUGUUUUAGUCUUAUGUUCAUUUUACUCUUUUGUCAUUUGUACUAGAACUGCUUUGGGUGUUUCUAACUCUGCUGAUAGUGUCUAGCACUCAGGUUUAAAACCAGUUAACUUACACUUUAAAGUACACAAUGACAAUGUUCUUAAAAAAUGUUGCUGCUUUCAAAUAAAAAAAUUAUAAAAAUUACAGGA